AUGCUUCAGCGCCCCGGGCAAAGCGUCAAGGUUAAAUGGCGUCCGCUUCUCGUCUUGGUGAGCGUGGUGACCAUCGCUUUUGUGCUUGUCUCACACCUCACCAGUGAGCACGAGGGUCACCACGACCGACGUCACCAGCACGAUGGCCCUGUGGCCCUGCAGUCGGAGCGGGAGCGUCGUGGGGAACAACCAGCAAGAGAAUUGGGCUUCAAUGCAGAUCUAGACGAGGUCCAGGCGCAAGCUCCUCCGCCCCCCAACGCCGCGAACAUGGUUGACCUGGCCCCGGGUGCCGUUGAUCAAACUGUUGAAUCAGUCCGCGCCAAGAUUGCAGAUACCCAAAACUCACUGACUCAGGCCCGGCGCAGCCUGGCCAAGCUGCGUGGAGACCGCAUUGCCGUUGAAGCUGAGAUUCAGCGUUUGGAUGAGCAGAUCGAGCGCCAGCGCGUGCAGAACAAGCUACAGGCUUCCAAGGAAGAGAAGCGGCGUCAAGAUCGUGACCGAGGAGAGAUUGUACUGCAAGGAGGGGACCAGCCAGACACGGCUAUUGACCGCGAUCGGCGCAGCCAAAGCAUUCGAGAUGAAAAGCUCAUGGCAGGCAUCGAGGGCAAAUCUGAGAAGCAGCGUGUUGCCGAGGCUCAUGCUCGCUUUGCCUUUAAUGAAUACCGAUCCUCGCAACUUUCCCUGCACCGAGACGUGCCUGAUGCCCGACCCAUGCAGUGCAAAGAUGUAGCGUAUCCGCCUGACUUGCCCGCUGCCACCGUUAUCAUUUGCUUUGUGAAUGAGGCCUGGUCGGCACUUUUUCGUACCGUCUGGUCGGUAUUGGACCGAACUCCAGAGAACCUUUUGCAUGAAAUUAUUCUUCUUGAUGAUGCUUCCGACGCUUCGUGGCUACAGCAACCGUUAGAGGAAGAGCUCCAGCGGUUGCCUGCCAAGGUCAAGCUAGUGCGUUCGCCGCGGCGUCUUGGCCUCAUUCGAGCGCGUCUUCUCGGCGCCAAGCACGCAACGGCGGAUUACAUGAUCUUUUUGGACAGUCACUGCGAAGCCAACGUGGGCUGGAUUCAACCGCUGCUGGCUUGGAUGGCCGGUGAUCCCUCUCGUGUGGUAACUCCUGUCAUCGAUUCCAUCAACAACAACGACAUGAGUUACCAUGGAGCUGGAGGUGCUAGUUCUCGCGGCACUUUUCAUUGGACGCUGGACUUUUCUUGGGAGGCCAAUCCAGAACCUGUAGCGCAAGUCACAGAUCCUGUCAAAUCGCCGACCAUGGCGGGUGGCCUCUUUGGCAUCAAUCGCCAAUAUUUUUACGACGUGGGCUCGUAUGAUCAAGGCAUGGAUGGUUGGGGCGGUGAAAAUCUAGAAAUGAGUUUUCGAGUGUGGCAAUGUGGGGGCAGCCUGCAUAUUCUACCGUGCUCACACGUGGGACACAUCUUCCGGGACUCGCACCCUUACACCAUUCCGAACAGCACGAUUAACGAUACCUUUUUGCGCAACUCCAUACGUCUUGCCGAGACCUGGAUGGACGAUUAUAAAGAAAUUUUCUACCAAAUCCGACCCUCGGCGCGCAAGGUCGACCAUGGGGACGUUGGCGAACGCCUGGCUUUGCGGGAAAAGCUGCAGUGCAAAUCCUUUAGCUGGUACCUGGAAAACAUCCAGCCAAAUAAGUUGAUCCCGUCAGCGGAUUUUGUCUUGGCUCGAGGCCAAGUCAAGAACAGCCUCAAUGUGUGCCUUGAUAAGGGUGCUGCUUCGCUAGUUUAUCCUUGCCACCCCGCAUCGGUUCUCAGCAUUUCUCAGUCUUUUUGGUUCACAGCCAAGCAGGAGAUUCGCUAUGUCUGGGAUACGUGCUUGACAGUAUACGGUGAACGCAUUGGCAUGGGUUCGUGUGGGCAUACUGGAGCCGUCGGCUGGGAGCUGGAUGCCGAGCAUAAGAAGACCCACUUUGAAAACAGGGAGCGUCAAGAACUUUUUGGUCACAUCCACAAUGGCCUCGAGGCGCUGCGGGAACAAACCUGCGAGGGGGAUCGAGUGGCAAGAACCACGGCGGUCAUUGCCCAAGGUCCGUCAUCUAGCGGAGUCUGCCUUUUACCCACCGCAGCACAAGACGGGAGCGCCAGCGCGCAAAAUUUUUUUCGUGUGUGCUUUCUCUCUCUCUCUCUCUCUCUCUCUCUCUCUCUCUCUCACACUCUCUCUCUCUCAAACUCUCUCUCUCUCUCUCUCUCUCUCUCUCUCUCUCUCUCUCUCUCUCUCUCUCUCUCUCUCUCUCUCUCUCUCUCUCUCUCUCUCUCUCUCUCUCUCUCAAACUUUCUCUCUCUCUCUCUCUCUCUCAAACUCUCUCUCUCUCUCUCAAACUCUCUCAAACUCUCUCUCUCUCUCUCUCUCAAACUCUCUCUCAUCUCUCUCUCUCUCUCUCUCUCUCUCUCUCUCUCUCUCUCUCUCUCUCUCUCUCUCUCUCUCUCUCUCUCUCUCUCUCUCUCUCUCGCUCUCUCUCGCUCUCUCUCGCUCUCUCUCUCUCAAACUCUCUCUCAAAUUUCUCUCUCUCUCUCUCUUGCGCUGAACGUGCAGGUUCCGGUGGUGCGAUUUGAGGACUACGACGCGGCCGCCUUUUACGAACCUUGCAUCAUUGAGGGCCAGAUCCCCGAAGCCAACUUUCUUCAGUGGGACCUCGAUCACUUGAAUCAAGUUGCCGGCGCUUCCUCAGUCAAGGUCGAGCAUCGCGACAACGAGGCCUCGCGCUUUGGUCAAGGACAGGAAGAGACCAUGACCGUGACGGACUUGGUCCAACACCUCAAGCAAGGCAGCCAGCUAUAUUAUUUGACCACGCAGAACAUGGGCCUCGACGAAGAAGGUCGGCCCACACUGAUGGCCAGCCCCGUGACGGAGCUGCGCGGUGAAUUUCCCCUUCGCCCCGCUCUCUUGCCCACACUAGUACCCUUCAAUUACAACCUCUGGGUUGGCAACAGCCGCACCGGCAGCUCUUCUGGAUUGCACCACGACUUUCACGAUAACAUUUAUGUCUUGAUUCAUGGCCGCAAACAAUUUCGGCUCUUUGCUCCCAGCGAUGCCGAUAAGAUGUAUGUGGCAGGCAAUAUUAUCAAGAUUCAUAGCAACGGUCGAAUCUGCUACGAGGUUGAGCCCGUUCAUUGCCCUGCCAAAACCUGCCUUUGCAAUGCCAACUUCCGCUCCAAGCCAGCCCCUUACAUCGGCGAGUUGACAGAAGCGGACGGUAGUGAUGCACAGGCCAAUGAGGCGCAUGAAGCCCAGCGCCUUGCUGAAGAAGAGCUUCUAGCUGCCGAGGCCGCCGUCGAGCGCGGUGAGCCUGGCGCACAGGAGCGAUUGGCACGCGCCGAGCGACACUUGGAUGAGGUCUUGGAGCAAGUGCUGGAUGCUGAAGACUUUGGCGACGACGAUGACGAGGACGGGGAGAGGGACAGUGAUGGUGACGAGGACGAAGACGAGGAUGACUUUGACAUCAAUGAUGUACUUGGGAGUGACGGUGGUGAGGACAAAGAGGAAGGCACCUCGCGGCACUCGAACGAAGACGAUCAUCCUUUGCCCCAGACGGAUGGCCCCUCGGAAGGCCAAAUUCUAUACCUACCCGCGGGCUGGUUUCAUGAAGUCACUUCUUUCAGUGAUGCGUGCGAAGCCGAUGGCACGUCAGCUUCUUCCACACACAGCCCAGCUUUGGGCAUGGGUUGCAUACUAGGCUUGCAUAUGGCCUUCAACUAUUGGUUCCACCCGCCAGUGCCAGCGCAUCCGGACACGAGCUUUGAAAAGCCCUACGUGAGCAGCAUCUGGGCUGAUGACUGGGCACACCGCUCGGACGUGAAGGCUUAGAGGCGUUUCUGUUCAACUUUAGCGCCCGCAGUCUGGUCGAGCAGGCUGAGCAGCAGAGCGAUGAGGCAGAGAAUCAAACGAUGAUGAGGCAGUCAAUAUUUGAGGCGGUCAAUAUUUGAAUUGCUCAGAACACAGUCGAAAUCGGAAAGGGUGGUCAAUGUUCCCGGAGUGGGCGCGGACAUGGGUAGGAUAUCAAGUGUCAUGUUCGGCCAGCCUUUGGGGGGCUGGGGGACGAGUCUUGGCGCAUCUCAUCUCGUAGUUGAUCGGCCGCCUGAUCGACAGCGCGAGUUUCAUCCUCGGAAAGUGGAAGGAAGCGAGAAAAAUUGAUGUCCAUGCCCAGCA